AUGUGGACCAGCUGGUGGCUCUGGCCCCUGGUGGCCGUCUGCACUGCAGAUCAGUUUCGGAAAGAGGCAGAGAGAAUUAUGCAGGGCACACCUGUCAUUGAUGGGCACAAUGACUUACCCUGGAAACUGCUGACCAUGUUCAACAAUCGGCUUCGGAUUGAGACGGCCAACCUGACCAGUCUGGCCGGCACACACACCAACAUCCCCAAGCUGAAGGCUGGUUUUGUGGGGGGCCAGUUCUGGUCAGCGUACACACCCUGCGAGACCCAGAACAAAGAUGCCGUGAGGAGGACCCUGGAGCAGAUUGACGUCAUCCACCGAAUGUGCCAGAUGUACCCGGAGACCUUCCUGUGCGUCACCAACAGCAAAGGCAUCCGACAGGCUUUCGACCAGGGUAAGGUGGCCAGUCUGGUUGGCGUAGAAGGCGGCCACUCCAUUGACAGCAGCCUUGGUGUCCUGCGGGCACUCUACCACCUGGGUAUGCGGUACCUGACGCUCACGCACAGCUGUAACACGCCCUGGGCCGACAACUGGCUGGUGGACACAGGGGAUGACAAGGCCCAGAGCCAAGGCCUGUCAACCUUUGGGAAGAGCGUGGUGAGGGAACUGAAUCGGCUGGGUGUCAUUAUCGACUUGGCCCACGUGUCUGUGGCCACCAUGAAGGCCACUCUGAACCAGUCCCAGGCCCCCGUCAUCUUCAGCCACUCCUCCGCCUAUAAGCUGUGCAAGCACCAACGAAACGUGCCCGACGACGUGCUCCAGAUGGUGAAUCAAACGGGCAGCCUGGUGAUGGUGAACUUCUAUAAUGACUAUGUUGCCUGCAAAAAGGAGGCCAACCUGUCUCAAGUAGCAGAUCACCUGGACCACAUCAAGAAGGUGGCGGGAGCUGGAGCCGUGGGCUUUGGUGGGGACUUUGAUGGUGUUUCAAGACUCCCUUUGGGGCUUGAGGAUGUGUCCAAGUAUCCAGACCUGAUUGCGGAGCUGCUCAGGAGGCAGUGGACGGAGGCGGAGGUCAAGGGUGCCCUGGCCUAUAAUCUGCUGAGGGUCUUUGAGGCGGUGGAGCAGGCCAGCAACCACACCCAGGACCCUGAGGAGGAGCCCAUCCCACUGAAGGAAUUGGGGGAUUCCUGCAGGACGAAGUAUGGCUACUCAGAGGCCCCCAGCCUCCGCCACCCGUCGGGGGCCCUGCUGGCCUCCCUUGCCUCCCUCCUCCUCAGCCUGUGUCUUCUAUGACACCCUGGGGAACAAACCCCUUGGGAUCCUGAAGCUCAGGGAAGACUGGCCAACAGAGCACCCCUGGCUCCAGGAACAGCGCUCCCUGAGUACAAGGACUGUCCUGUCCUGAGCAGACACCUGGGCUCACCUGGGCAGCAUGCUGUAAGGAGCUCAGGUGACAGGCCCACAGUGGACCCUCAAUAAAGGCACUGACCCCCGAGCCCUGAGGGUGUGUUAUCCUAUAGGAACUCUCCUGCAUGUCCCAAGGCAAAUUCUGUGAAAUAGCCCCUGGCUGGACAUCCAGGCACAGGAUGCUGAGUCUUGGAAAGGCUCAGGGUCUGAAGGGGGCUUCACAUAGACAUUGCUGGAGGGUCUUUAAAAACAGUCCAGGCUCCCGUGUCAUGCCCCUGCAUUUGUACACAUC